UAUGUCUAUUCAUCUCCUCCUUCCGCCACAGAGUACGCGGCUUGCUCCUGACUUGUAUCUUCUUGGUUUUCUCUCUACCUGACUGAUAUCUCGUAGCCUGAAGUCCUUCUUUCCCUCCUUUCAUUCACUCGGAUAAUAGCAUCAUGGCCGUUACCCAUCUCCUCGUCCUCGUCCAUGGCAUGUGGGGGAACCCCAUCCACUUGAGCGAGUUGCACCGUAUCAUCCAGGAAGUGAAGAGCGAGCCCAGCGAGGAUGGCACGCGGCUCGAGGUACUGCUCGCGAACACGAAUAGCGAGGAACAUACGUACGAUGGGAUCGACUGGGGAGGGGAACGCGUUGCGCAGGAGAUCGCGAAGCGUGUUGAGGAUCUGGAGGCGAAGGGCGACCAUGUCACGAAGUUCUCGAUAACUGGGUAUAGUCUCGGGGGGCUCAUCUCGCGCUAUGUGAUCGGAAUCCUGCACCAGCAAGGCUUCUUCGAGAAGAUCACCCCAGUGAACUUCAAUACGGUUGCAACUCCUCACCUUGGUCUCUUGAGAUAUGAUUCCUUCUGGUCCUCGCUAUCCCACUCCCUUGGUCCUCGACUACUUUCGCGCACCGGCGAGCAAUUCUACUUCGUCGACAAAUGGUCUGCGAAAGGCAGACCGCUGCUCGAAGUCAUGGCCGAUCCCGAGCGAGUGUUCUACCAAGCCCUGCAAACCUUCAAACACAUUCGAAUAUAUGGCAAUGCAAUCAACGACUUGACCGUUCCUUACCUGACCGCCUGCAUCGAACUAGAGGACCCGUUCGCGGACUACGAGAAUACGGGUCUCACAGUAGGAUACGACGACCAAUACAGCCCAUUAAUUAGGUCCUGGGACCUUCCCGCCGAGCCGCCCGUGCGCGAGCCGAAGCCGAAGCCCUUCACUGUCGCUUGGAUCAAGCAAUUUAGACUCCCUAGAAUCCCUCUGCCGCCCAGACUGAGCCAGUUCCCUUACAACGUUAUCUUCUACGUCUCCUUCCCCGUCAUCGUCCCUCUCUUCUUCUCCCUCGUCCUCAUGCGCCUCACCAUGUCUGCGCACAAGUCGCGGAGGCGCAUAAAGCUCCUCGAAGCCGAUCCGUCUAAGAUUUCGAGCGGCGAGACCUUGAUGCAGGUGGUGGCGCGGCUGGAGAAAGAUGUGGAGGACGCGGUGGCGGAUAUGAUGGAGAAUCCGGAGCAGAGCGACUCGGACCAUCUGGAACACGAAGGCAACGCUCAAGCCAGCGACGACACCCUCGCCCAAGCCAACGGCAGCGUACAUGGGUCGCAGUCGAAGUCGGUGGCGCGGAUUGCGCCCCUCCAAAGGAAGAUGGCGGCCAACUUGAACGCGCUGCCGAUACAGAAGGAGCGCGCGUUCAUUGAGAAUGUGCGGAACUCGCAUGCGGUGAUUAUUUCGAGGGAUGUGAAGAAUUUUGAGUGGCAUAGGCGGGGGGAGGGGGUCAUUAGGCAUUGGGCGGAUUCGUUUGAGCUUUAG